AUGGAUCAAAAUGAUCUUCAACAUCUUGAUGACGAGGAACAAAUGCCAGAUUGGGUGAUCGAAAUACGUGAAGGAUAUCGUCGAGAUAUGGAAAUUCUUCAUCAAGGAGUUCUCGAAUUACGAGGCCAACUAAAUCAAUGUUUGGAAGGAAUCGAAAGAACAAAUGAUGAUCUGAAAAGAACGCAUCAAUUACAAGUGGACACUUUGGCGCAAUUACGUUCAGUGGAUGCAGAAAUUGACUUAUGUAAGAAGAAAAUGGAUGCAUAUGAUCAACAACUUACGGUGUACCAGGAAAAAAUUGCUGCUUGUAAUGAACAAAUCAAAGAAUGCGAUGAAAAAAUCAAAGAAUGCGAUGAACAAAUCAAGGAAUGCGAUGAAAAAAUCAAGGAAUGCGAUGAACAAAUGGCUGUGAAUCGUGCUGGCAUCAAAUCUUGUAAUGCGAUCCUCGAACGCGAAAGAAUGAAACGUGAAGUUGGAAUGAAAGAACUGGCUGAAAUCGAGAAAAAGAUCGAAGCAGCAAAAUUAAAACGUGCACGAAUCGACGCAUUUUUCAAUAAUUUGAUUGAAAAAGAAAAAGCAAAGCGAGGUGAAAUUGACAAAGUUCAAUGCUCAAAAGUUUCAUUGAAGAAAUCAUCGAGGAAACGAUUAAACAGCAAAGGUGUAAAUGCAAGACUGAAACGGACGAAACGAAAAAAUUGA